CGCGUUAUUGCCGGUUGGGUUAUCGGUCCACAUCACCACACGACGUUCACAGUGUGUACCUAUGCCUAUAUUAUACGUUCGGCCUGGACAAUCCGACAAUGAUUAUUAUUAUAUUGUCACAGUCGACCGCCGAGAUUCUCGAGAGACGUGUGCGCGAGCAUUUUAAUAAUAAUAUUAUACCUAAGUUUUUUUUAUUGCCCUUUAUUUUAAUAUUGUAUAUUAUUUAUAUUACGGUUGUAUGUGUAGGUAUUACUAUUGAUAUUAUCAUUAUUUAAUUACCAUAUUAAUAUUUGAUACUAUCAUGAGCGACCUUGAACCAGAGUCGUGUCGGCGAGUGGUUUUCGACCGAGUGCUGGGCAAAGGGACGUUCAGCACGGUGUACAAAGCACUGGUGGAGCCGGACAACGAGCACAUAGCUCUGAAAAUCGUUCACCUGCGGGACAUUGUCAACGACCUCAAAACCGUACAGGAUUGCGUAAACGAAAUCAGCAACCUGAAGAAACUGAAUCAUUCAAAUAUCAUACGAUGUUUGUGGUGGGAUUUUUCGGAUUUUGAACUGAAAAUUGGCUUGGAACUGGCUACCGGUGGAGAUCUAAGACGGAUCAUCCAUGAGCACUAUGAUAAGUUUGAUCUAAUUAAAGAACCUAUCAUUUGGUCCUGCGCCGUCCAAUUGUCCAGUGCACUUUAUCACAUGCACGAAUCAAGAAUCAUGCACCGAGACAUCAAACCGGCCAACAUUUUCGUGUACGAAUUGAAAGAAGAAAAGAAAUCGCUGUACGAGCGGUGGAAAAAUGUGAAGAUCAAGCUCGGUGACUUUGGAUUUAGCAAAGACAUUACGAACGGUUUGGAUAUGACCUGCCGGUCGGUGCUGGGCUCUCCACUGUACAUGAGCCCCGAGAGAAUGUUACACCAAAAGUAUUACUUUGACAGCGACAUAUGGUCAAUGGCUUGUGUCAUAUAUGAGUUAGUAGCACUUCAGGCCCCAUUUCAUUUGAAUACCUUAGACAUGAACUUGAUGACCAAAAGAAUAAUAAAUGGAUUUUACCCACCCAUACCUUCAGACAUCUAUUCUAUAAAGAUUACAAAAUUCAUAGAUAGCUGCAUAAUAGUCAACCACAAGUUCAGGCCAAAUAUAUCACAGAUCCUGAGAAUAACAAGGAGAGGAUUAGCCGAAUCUCAGAAUACUGCACUUCCAUCAUAAUUUGAUGAUUGCUAUAUAAAGUACAAUUAUAAUACUAUUACAGUAUAGAUUCUAGACUAUAAUAAUAAUACACUUUUUAAUAGUCUCUUUUAGACUAGAAGACCAUUUAAAAUGGUUUGCCAAUAACAGCUACAGGUUUAACAUUUGAAACCACCAAAUACUAUCGAUAGAGUAAAUGCACCUAUUAUAGAAUCUAGUAGAUUAAUUUUUGUACAACCAUCAAUCAAUUUUUUAUUUUAUAUUUUAUUUAUUUUUAUACAUCUUUAUUAGGGCUAAACAAUAAAUGUACAACAAUUGAUUGACGAUUUUUCUUUUUACAUAAUCAAGAAUGAAAACGGUUACUAAAAUUUGUAUAAGCAUUUCAUUUAACAUAUUCAAUAUUUUUAUUUUUUUUUGUAUUUAUAUAAUACAAUACAUAUGACAGUAUUAUCAGCACUCUUGGCGUAAAGCAAUAGGUAUUUGUUAUUUUUAAA